AUGCAACCAGGUGCGAAUGCAGAAUCGGAUUCCUUACGACGCUCUUUGGGCGCAAGGCAAAUCCAAAUGCUUGCCUUUGGAGGAACCAUUGGCACAGGCUUGUUUUUAGGGAUUGGAUCUUCUCUAGCUGAUUCAGGCCCUGCGGCUCUCCUUUUAUCGUUUUGCAUCAUUGGCGUAAGCGUGUAUUGUACCAUGCUAGCGCUAGGCGAAAUGGCCGUCUACAUGCCAGUAGCAGGAUCGUUUUGUACAUAUGUCGGAAACUAUGUUGAUGAAUCUUUCAGCUUUGCUCUUACUUGGAAUUACUGGUUGAACGAUACGAUUGCAUUAGCAAGCCACGUGUUAGCAUCUCGAUUGCUCGUUGAUUUUUGGCUUCCUGACACGACAUCGGCAGUUGCAGAUUCGUCUUUCUCCACGAGUUUUGGGAUUCGCAGUACAAGAGAAAUUGUUCGCACUGCUACACCUAUCAUCUCUCUUCUAGCCAACGUUGGAUUGAACAUGCUUCCAGUGGACGGGUUUGGCGAAAUUGAAUACUGGCUCGCAGCCAUUAAGGUGUUUACAGUUGCUUUGUUUUGCGUGAUUGGACUUGUCACCAAUAUGGGAGUCAACAAUGAAAACGAGUUUAUCGGCUUUCGCUACUGGAAAGAGCCUGGUGCUUUCCACAAUGGUUUUGGUGGGUUUAUAAGCAGCUUUGUAAAUGCGGCGUUUGCUUUUGCCGGAACGGAAUCGAUUGCCAUUGCUGCUGGCGAGGCCCUGAAUCCAGUUAAAAGUUUACCAAAGGCAAUCAGGUCGAUGUCGUUUCGUGUUUUGACCUUGUAUAUUGUUGGUGUUUUGGUUGUCGGUAUCAACAUUCCAUACAACACACCGGGCCUGAAUGGCGAUUCCGUCCGGAUGUCCCCGUUUACACUCGUUUUCCAAAAGUUUGGUGUUCCCGGAGCGGCUAGUUUGAUGAAUGCAGUGAUCCUAUCCUCGGCUCUCUCAGCAGGCAAUCAUUCCCUGUUUGCAGGCACUCGUCUUUUGUACUCCUUGGCGCGAGCUGGACAUGCACCCAAUGUCUUUUCCAAAUGCAAUCGUCAUGGAGUUCCAUGGCUUGCAGUGUUGGCUACUAGUACGCUUGCGAUUUUGUGUUUGUUGACAUCACACGCCGGAAAGACAUGGUCCUUUUUACUCAACAUUAUUGCUGUUUCCAACCAAUUGUCUUGGACAUUUAUUGGAGUUACUAGUCUGCGAUUCAGGAAAGCUUUACGUACCCAAGCAAAAACCCAUCGACUCUUGUUUCCCAAUUGGACGUAUCCCGUGGGACCAUAUUUGGUGAUUAUUUUGAAUGUUGUUUUCCUCCUUGUACAAGGAUGGAAGAGUUUCUUUCCUUUCCAAUUUUCUCUCUUUCUUAGUUAUUACAUAGAAAUUCCUCUUGUUUUGGGAUUGUAUCUCGUUUGGAAGCUUUCCCAUCGCACCAAACUUUUGACAACCACUGAAAUGGACCUUGAUACCCAUUGGCAUAAUCCUGCUCCUCAGGCGGAAGCAGCUGCAGAAGCAUGA